AACACCCAGUUGCAAUUCAGUUUUCAAUCACUUAGUAGAGUGAUGUAGGUGUUGAAACGAUGCAUUACCCUUUAUAGAAAGUAAUCACAGUGAAAAACUGAAAGAAACCUGAAAGUUGAAAAGAUGCACCCCAAAAUAGACACAGUUUACCAUCUGCAAUCGCCAGCACCAACUACAACAGAACAGUGUAGUGUAACGGUUGAAAAGCUCACGUGAAUGGAUUGAACACCAACAAAAAAAAAACCGGUGAACAAUCAUCACAGCCACCGCCGUCAUCGUCAUUCCAGUCGUCAUCGCCGCACGUCGUGAAUCAUCAGCUUAGCUAGGCAAUCAUGGAAUGCGACGUGAUUUGCCUGGACUCGGACGAGGAAAGUGAAAAUGGUUCUGUCCCGAAGGCAUACCGGAGCUUAUACCGACCGAUACAGGCCACCAGCAGCAUUCCCGCCGGUGGCGAAGCCGGAGCAAUCGAGGAGCAGCUUUUGCGUCCCCUUCAAGCGCUCUCGCUAAAGCUGUACUUUGAGAGCGAUUUGGGCGCCACUUGGCCGGCACCGUCAAAUCGGGUGGAGGCGGACGGGGCAAGCCGUCGUAUGGCCGUGGUCCGUCGGGUGGCCGAGCUGGUUCGCCGUUUUGGCCGGCGAAAGUUCAGCAACAGCGUUCAGGACGUCGCCCGGCAACGGGAUGCCUGGAAACAGGUCCUGAAGUUUCUGUUUCUACUCCAGGCCAUCGGACCCGGAUCGAUGAUUUACGGGGUCACUGCCGGCGGACGGAGCGCUUUCACGAGGAAUUUUCAAUGCCAUCAAGAGCAAAUUCCACCAGAAACCCGGAGAUAUCGGCUGACAGUGAUGGAUGUGCUGGUUGAUUACAUCCGGUACAAGUGUCACCUGCUGGCCGGAGAGCGCAAUCCGGCGGUUCUGUUGGCCGAAUGCAACCAGCUCGUGAGCAGCUUGUACAUCAUUUUCGACGGUGACGCCGAGUUUGUCACACUGACGUUGCUCAAGAUGGAUCCCGUGGCCGGGUGGUGCCGUGGCCUAAUGUAUCCGGUGUUUGAGCAAAUCCUGACAAGACGGCCACCUUCCACUGGACCUGGCCCAGGUCCAAAGGUGGUGGCCACCAGCAUCAUGGACUACGUGCGACUGUUGCUUUGCUAUAAAAAAUGGAAGGCGAUGGUUCCGGCUCGGCGUGAUAAGGAAGCCAUCAACGCGUUAGCCAUCAAGAUACUUCCGGUUCGGUGCCCGCCGGUCCGGACCAAGCAGGACCUGCCGUUCGUGAGGAUGCUGCCCCGGUUGAGCAGCACGGCAGCGAAAGGGCACGCCGAUGAAACCAGAUUUCUGCUGGCGAAGGAUUUGAUGGAAAUCGAGCAACUUUGCGCCAUCUUCUUCCGUGAAUACGAGAAAAGGUUUCAGCUUCAGCAACCACAACCAAAACUGUCCACGCUGGAAAUCAAGAGCAAUUACAUCAACAUCGACGCACUGGCCGAUUUCAUCCAGCGCAAAUGCAAUCUGCUGCUGCAGCAACGUGCCACAGUGGGGGACAAUCCGGCCAACGCCGGUCCGAGUCGUACCCAGCUCCAGCACGAAUCGAACGCCAUCAUCAGCAGUCUGCGAUUGAUAUUCCGGCGCGAUGAGGAAUUCAUAGCGUUGACCUUGCUGAGGGUGGAAACGUGCCCGGACUGUGAAGCCAUCUUGGGACCGGUUUACGAGCGUUUCCUGGGCGCAAAUGACCGCGAUUGUGACACCAGGAGCCACCCUCCGACCAACGUGGAAUGCUACGGCCGGCUGCUGUUGUGCUACGUCCGCUGGAAGCAAUUGUAUCGGCCCGGGGACCCCGCCGGCCAUUGGGACCGAAUCGAUGGAAUUGCCCUGUCGACGCUCCCGUACGAUUUUCCCCGGGCUAUUAAGCGCAGGGAGUUGGCACUGAAGGCAUUGUUUCCGCGGGUGGCCAGUAAUGGGGGUAGCUUCAUUAAUGCCCGGGGGAGCUCGAGUGGACAACCGACAGGUGCCGCGAAAGCUAGCGUUACGAGAGCCCUGCUGAACUCCAGGCACGUCCGGGACAACAUCCAGGAACUAUGUUUGCGCUUUUUGGCCAUUUGCAGCGACGAACGAAUCAACCGAGGAAACCCGGAGCCGAUACCCACCUCACCGAGGAUUCCCAGCGAAGACAAAGACGCGGACGACGUGGAAAUCAUUAAAACGGAAUCCACCUCAAUCAUCGUCCUGGACAGCGAAGACGACGACGUCGAAUCGACUCCACCCGGAACUGGUACUGGUACAGAGUGCUCCAAAAUGCCAAUCAUGAACGGUGCUUCAACAUUCGAGAAGGAAACGCCGAAUUAUCUCGAUAGUUUGUAUGAUAAUUGCUUUGAAACCACUUCGAUUGUAUGCAGUCCGCCCACCUCGCUGAUGGAAACCGUCUUCAACACUCCUCCUCCGACGCCCACCGACGAUGACACCGGCUCCCUGGAGCCGCAAACUCCUCCCGAGAUCGUUGGGAAGACGAAAAAGUUGUUUCCCCAGGGUGUCAGUUUGAAAAUUUCGAAAAACUUGCGCCUGUACGGUGACCGGGCGAGACGAAACUUUAUGACAGCCUUCAGAAAGUUGAGCUCCGCCAAGCGGUUCCACGUUAGGUUACGAACGGACCGGGAGGAUUACUACCUGCGGAAGCACGUGUCCAACCAGACUGUGUUUGUGGAAAUAUUUUGCGGCCAUGGGGACAUUCUGUCUGGUUUGUCGUUGCAAAUGCCUCACCGGUCAUCGACGCCGGAUGAAGAACAGACAGCAUUGCCGUUGGCAAGCGGUGAGUCCUUUCAUGGUUCGCCCUACGCCAACCUGGAGGGACCAAUCCUGCAGGAUAGUCCUCCAAACGUCAACCUCUUCCGCAAGUCACGAUCCACUACGGAUGAUCAGCUGAUGAGUUUGUUGUCCGGAAUCGAGGACUUUCCGGCGCAUUCACCGGCAUCGCUGGAUUUCGCGCUUUUGGGAGAGCACGAAAAUCGUUCCUCGCUGGAUUUGCUCGCCAACGACCAUGCGCCUCCGUCGUCGGUGCUGGGUGGUGGAGCGUCCGGCGUGCUUUGGCAGGGAGACAUUUUCUCAGUCAUUUCAAGCGGUUGUGAUUUUAACCCGUGGCUGGAUUAUGACUUUGGCGUUCCGCUGCAGGCGUUGCCAGCUGCUUCUUCGGUGGCCCCGGUUUAGAGCAGACUGCAGAGAGGCAAAACGUAACAUUUUGACGUGAUCGUGAUAUCUUGUCGUGUGUUCUUUUGACAUUUAGAGAGAAGCACGUUUUACUGUUUGAUCUUGAAUAAACAAAAACAAACACACGCAAUGUAAACAAUGACAGAUACGUUUGGCUGCUGGAGUCCUCAGUUAUAAUCAAAAAUGUAAAUAGUGGACGUUCAUGCAAGAGUGACCAAAUGGACUCUGACUGAAAUUCCCUCUGCUAAGUUGUCGCACAUGCAGGAUGUGUCAAAAUUCCUAUCGGAACUUCAUUUCAUUUGAAGAAUGAUAUUAUUUACGGAGUUUUAAGGGUUGCGUUUAUGAAUUUUUGGGAUUGGUUAAGGUCCAAAAUUGAGGCAUUGAAAGAUGCAAAAAAUUACGUCCUUGACAUAAUAUAGUCCAAAAUCCACGUGCGACAAGAUAAGACGAUUUUGGCACCAAAAUGAAACAGCGACGGACGAUUGCACAUUGAGGGACUCAACUUUCUUGUUCUAAAUCAAAUGUGUCUCAAAAUUUAUACCAUAUUUGCGUUUCAAUCAUUGACAAAAUCUAAAGUCUUUUUCUAAAUAAAAUGGUCCAAUAAACACAAUUUUCAUUUUUUGUUUGGGUGUAACCACAUUAAGUCUGAGGUAUUCGAAAACACCCAAAAAAGCAGAAAAAUAAAAUUUUGUUCAUUGGACAAUUUCAAAACACACUCCAGAAAUGAUCAUGCGUUCUUGUCAAAUGGUGCUUUCGAAAUUCUACCCUAAAUAUCGUUACUAAAUUCAGCAAAGAUUAUUUAAUUCCACUAAAUUAAAUGUUCCAGGGACUGAACAAAGAUUAACAGUGGUAUUUCGACGUUUUGUCGCACAUCAAGGUGUGUAUAUUAGAUAAGGUAAGGUUUGGGUAAUGUGGAUUUUCCAGCUAUCAAAAAAUAGUUAGAACAAAAAUCGGAUUAUGUUUGCCGUUUUUCGGAAAAGUGGAAAUUUUGUCAUUUUCUGUUCAAAUUUCACUAGAUUUUUUCCUGUAGUACUGUUUAGCAUGCCAAACUGAACCGAAUAACGUUUUUAAAACCAAACAAUAUUUUUUCAAGCAAAAUUUCGGAAUCCAACGGAUUUUCAAGAAAAAGCAACCAAAGAAAUGCAAUCGUUUUUGCAUCAAAACAAAUUGCAACAAGCCAAAUAAAGCCACAGACCCUGGCGCAAGUUUAAACCCUAAAGCACGGUCCAUCAACCAAGGGGUUUCCAGCAUCAAGGAUUACUGACCAGUCUAAAUGGAAUUACCAGGAUUACUGGCAAUAUGUCAUGAAUUACUUUGAUUUCCCAGAAUUACUUGGGAUUUCCAGAAACCACGCAGAAUUGCUCAAAUUUAUAAAAAUAACUUGGAAUUACUGCCUAGCUUCCAGCAUAUUGAGAAUUGGAUCGAAUGACAGCUGUCAAAUGCACAAAACCACGUGCUUGGCAAUAGUACGUCCACAGAGUAAGACAGAGUCACUACUGCCAUUUGAUUUUUAGUUCCACUUUGUGGUAUAUCGCACGCCUGCUACCAGCAAACCUUAUAAAAGCAAACCUUAUGGAGCCAAAAAAUAAAAUGACAUUUCUUCGAACUGCCCGCUCUGUGUUACUCUGUGGUACGUCCAUCCCGGGAAUUCCCGGCACAAAAUUCCCGGGUUUUUUAUAUGUUGUACGGGGAAUUUCCGAAAUUAAACAAAAAUCAUAAUUUGGCCUGGAAAUAACAUUAGUAUUACAAUUAAUAA